UAGGAGACGGAGAAGGAAGCCUCUGGCCUUGUUCCUUAUCUUUUAGAGUUUGGUCAAAUCAGAAUUAAAAUCAUGAUUGCAGCUUCCUUUUAAAAACCUGCCGCCGGAAUUUUGUUACAAUCACAUGCCUUUGACAACAGCAUGCACACGUGGCACCCAUCCAUUAGACUGUCGAUUUAGAUAAGCUUAAUUCCGGACUUACGUAGUGGAGCCACCCUUCUAACCAGCACUGCGCCGAGGGAAUAUUCGGAUCGGCAAACUAAACUGGUGAAAAACUUCCCGACAGCAGAGCUGACGAAGGAAGGACGAACAGAAUAAUGUCGGAUUACAUACCUGAAGAAUUGUUGAUAGAUAUCUUUGCAAGACUACCGGUGAAGUCUUUGAUUCGAUUGAGGUUAGUCUGCAAAUCCUGGUACUCGUUAAUUUCGAAACCAAGUUUCAUAACCACACACCUCAAUCGAACUAAGAAAUCAAACACAGCUCUCCCCCAACUACUCAUCAAGUGCGAAUCUGCGUAUCAACAGCACUACUUGUCAUGUUUCGAUGACGAAACGUUUGGUGUUAAGUAUGAGGAACUUGAAUCUCCAUUUGACAUCUCUGUCAAAUUCUUCGAUAUUUUGGGUUCAUAUAAUGGCUUGUGUUUAUUGAAAGCUUCAUGCGAAGUUGAUUUCUUUCUGUGGAACCCAUCGAUUAAAAAAAUCCUAACACUUCCUCCGAUUAAGGUUACUACUUUUCCUGAUCAUAGCUAUACCGAUGGCGUUGCUGUUGGAUUUGGGUUUGAUCAGAACAGUAAUGACUACAAAGUGGUGUUGAUUAGGUAUUUGUUUAGAUCCAUCAGUUUACGCUAUGUUUGUCAGGGUGUGGAGCUUUAUGAGCUUAGUACUCACUCUUGGAGAUCCAUUCAUGGUGUUGGUUGUUUUCGGUAUGAAAUUUUUCGCAAUACACCUUAUGUGUUUUUGAAUGGGGCUGUUCAUUGGGUUGCAUCGGUUCGUCGUUUAACGGCUUUUAUGGUUGUGGCGUUUGAUAUGAGUGAUCAAGUUUUCAGGGAGAUGGCAUUGCCGAACCGUCUUGUUCGUGGAAGUCCAAACCAUGUAUUUAACGUAAGUCCUUGUGAAAUGAUGCGUGUCGCGAUAUUGGGUGAGUCGCUUGCUGUAAUCCAAUCUGACCUAGAUAUAAAUCCCAGAACUUUUGAUAUAUGGGUAAUGGAAGAAUAUGGUGUCGUGGAGUCGUGGACUAAACGAUCCACAAUCGUUCUACAAGGGGAAUUUUGGAGGGUUGUGGGUUUGAGGAAGAAUGGUGAUGUGCUAAUGGUUGCAGAGGGAGAAGGAGAUAAUGAGUUGGUUUUAUGUGACUCCCAAAGCCAACAGAUCAGGCAUCUUGGAGUCCGAGGCUAUCAUUACUGUUUUCAGGUUGUUUCUUACAUAGAGAGCUUAGUUGGAUUAGAUGGAACUGUCACAGUUGCCAACAAGAAAGCAUCAAGGCGAAAGAGAGAGUGUUGUUGCUGGAUAUGGGGAUGAGGAACUUCUUACAAACAGCAUAAAAGGAAUAUGUCAUGCUUGUCUAGGCAGAGUUGCACUGGAACUACAUAAACAGUUGUGAAUCCAAUAUGAUCAGAUUUAUUGUGGAUGUGGCUCAAAUUCAAUCUCAAUUAUGCUUAUUAUCCAUUAUUGACAACGGUCACAAAUGUUGCUAGGUCCAAAGUGUUAUUUGUAUUUGGGUCUAUUUUGACCCAAUUUUCUAUUUGUUGAAUCCUGGUUAUGUAUUAGCUUAUUUCAGUUUUAUAGUAUUGAAAGCUUUUGUUACAAAGGAUCGUGUUAGGACUUGAGCAAGCAGACUCAUUGUAUUCGCUACAUACGUAGUAAAACUCUUUCACUCACCCUCAUCGGCUGUGAAUUGCCUCGUGAAUUGACUAUAUGUAUUUUGGAUAUGCAUCUGCUAUAUCUAUCUAUCUAUCUAUCUAUACUAUUAUAAAGUGAACACCUCUUACGGUGUCCUGAAGCUUUGUUUCUUAUGCUGCCACGUGUUCACUUUUUUAUUUAAAAUUAAAAAAAAAAAGUUAGAUAUAUAAGUGGUGUAUACUUGAACUUUAGACUUAUAUCAAAUGAAUAAGACUCUAACCACUUGACUAGCACAUAACAUAUAAUAAAUUUUUCAUUUUAUUUUUAUUUAUUUGAAUAGCACAUGCAUCGCGUGUGGCAACCGCUAGUUAUUAUUAUUAUAUAUAUG